AUGUUUAAAUCACAGGGGCCAACUGAGGCUCUGAAGACUGUUCUUGGUGAUCCUAAUCGCAUUCGUUUUAUGGAGCUUUCAAUGGAGCACGAGAAACUGGUAGUCGAGUGGAGGCGAAUCAGCAAUUUUCUAGACGGUCUUCUGGCCGAAUAUAUGGACUCCAAAUCCUUGGACAUUGUUCGACGCUAUAAGAAAUUGCAAUCAAUUGCAAAAAGAAUAAUAUUUAAUUUACGCUUAAAAGACCCAACAUUUUUUACGAAAUUCACCUCUGGGCAUGAAGAUGACCCCUGCGAGGAGGUUUGUGGGAGCGUUUUGCAGAGUGUAGUCAAACAAAAGGCUCUUCUGGCAAAACAUGAAAUGAUCUGCGACGGUAAGUAACAGGCCGUUCGGUUGGUAUCCAUUUUAAACUCGUGAAAUGCGCGUCUGCGUUUAUUUAUAUUAGUAAAAAGAUUGAUAAUUUACCAUCGGACACCUCGUCAAAUUGUGCGCGUAACUUCAAGACGAACUAUGAUCUCCGACACUGUCCUUUAUAAAUGGAAUCUGGGUUUUGUUUUUUUAGGAAUUACUUUUAUGCCGCAAAUUUACAAAUGCAACUAUUUAUCGAAUAAGUAUUUGAAAACCGACAUUAAUUUCCAUCUCAAGAAAUUCUUCAUUUGAGUACUAAACACAGAGAUUGCUGUCACCUUUGGCCAUAUAAUGCAUAGGCGCUUCAUGAAUUUCAUUCAUUACCACCGCCAAAGACGGUCAAAAGUCACAUUUUCAUCGCUGAGUGUAGGUAAAUAUUUAAGCAUUUUGCAAGCCUACGGGAAGAUGGCAAACGUUAAAAACAAGUCCACAAAUCCAGCUUCUACCAUUUCGUCUAUCGGCAACCUGCACAAAGUAAGAAAACAGUUAUUCGUUGCCAUCAUUUUAUGGGGCCUACAAUGGGCAUAAAUGACAAAAAUACCAAGAAAGCUAUUAGUUAAAUGUGGAAUUAACACCGGAUGUCUAAUAACACAGGUUUAGUGAGAACUGCAAACAGUGCACUAUUAAUUUGUUCCAGGCAAUGUAAUCUGGCUGCAAAGUGUUCGGUUCUUGUCGAAAGCCAUGUCUGCUGCUGUAAUCCUUUAUUAUUUUAAAACAAAACUUUUGUCUUCCUUUUCUAAAGUUGAAACGCAAUAAGGAAGAGCACGUAUUUUUUCAUCAGUUGUAAUUUAUCAGAGAUGUCGAAAAUGAUAGAUAUUAGAAAUUAUGGUAAUUUUUUUGAAUACUAAAAAUUUACUGCAGCUCCAGUAACAAUAAUGGUAUAGUUGGACAAUUCCAGAAUGUAUUGUAUUUCUGCUUCGUACCACUCAAUGAAUUAGCAUCAUGAAAUGAAGAUUGCGUUCCUGACCUUUUGCGUUAUAACCCUGCCCUUGUGACGCCGUAUUUCACUGUGUUUCCCAGUAAAUGAAAUAAAAUUUAUUCAAAGGCCACACAUACACUAAAACCUUUCAUACGUUUGCAGCGGCUGUCUAAGACGCUGUCUGUGUUAACAUCGCCAUUCCAGCCGCAAGCGUUAUUUCGCACCCUUCCGCUUGCUCUUCUAGUCCACCGAGAUAUUCAGAAUUUGGACGUGCCUGCGAACGUAACGGAAAAAUCACUCUUUUCGCUUUUCUCUGCAAAAGCAUUGUGACUUUGAGUCCGGCCCACAUCAGUCCAAAACACCUUACUGAUAGUCAUUCUACUUCGAUCGACGAACUUGUGCCUUAUGUAUUUAAUUGUUAUCAAAAUGCAGCAAUCACCGACGUUAAAAUAUUGUAAUGCUCACGCCAAGUCCUCAACAAAUAAAAAUGCAACUACUUUGUGGUGGUUUACCUUCAAAAGAACGUACUUACAAAAUCUAACUCAUCUUCAGGCAUAUUGGCCAACCUGCUAUCUAGCAUCUUCUACAAAAUAGUUCGCAGACACAAAUGUGUUUUUAUUUCCUAACUAACCAUUCUUUUUCAAUGUACGAACUUCUAGUUACUAUUAGGGACUUUGUCCUUACCGAAAAUUUACUUUUGCAUAGAAAGUAUUUCACAAAUAUCGUUUUGCGUAACUCAAGCAUUAUACCAACUAUGUUUCACUAACAACCUCAGGUAAAGAACGUUACCAUUCUUGUAUGAAUAAUGUUAGGUUCAGUGUACCUUUCGUUAUUGGUAGGCUUCAGAACGCUUCGUUUUUUGUUUUUUGCUGAAAAAAAGCAGACAGCCGAGAAGCUCUAAAACACAAAACAUGUGACUAAGCCUGAUUAAAAAGUCAAGAAACGGGAGAUUUAAUAUUUAAAUGAAUAGUGGCUUUGUUGAUUAAGCUGCACUGAUAAGCCAAUGAUCACCAACUGGCAACCGCAAGACCUGUGCAGCUUGUUGUUAGAAUUCUAAAAGUCCGUGUCUUCCUAGGAAAAAGCCUGCAGAUUCUCGUGCUAAAUUAUUAUCUAGAGAAGUUUUUAUCGCAUUUUUAACGUUCGCUUUUAAUUUACUUGAUAGCGUAUUCCAUUAAAGUUGCAACAAAUAAUUGCGAGAAAUGUUUUUGCACCCAGAUACCGGAAGAAAACUUGCAUUAGUUGAUGCCUCUUCAUUCAAAGAUUUUAUUUUGCAUCAAGCUAUCUGUAAUCCUAAACUUCACAGGUAUGUGUUUGCGGAUGGACGCUAUAAAAGUCCAGUCGAUACUGAUGUUUUUUCUGCAAAUAUUAUUUAUGUACAGACAAUAAGAUAAGCACAUGCUACAGUAAAAUGCAGACACUUUACUGCAAACAGAUAAGGUUGUAGAUGAGAUGGUACCGACAAAGACAAGGGAUACCGGGAUAAGGUUGUACUUGAAACCCAAACAUGCGUAUUUCAUAUAAAUUACUUUCCAUUUUGUUUUGAUUGUAUGCAAAGCCACCUCUACUAUAACACAACUUUGCUGUUACUGCAUUUAAGCACGAAUAUUUUACUCUUUUGCUUUAAUCUAAGGGCUUUCAUCGGAGGAACUUUUGGCAGAGAUUAGGAAAUUGGAGCAAAAGAACGAAGACCUACAAGAACGAAUUGAUGGACUUGUGGAGGCUAUCAACCAAAUGGACGAUGAAUACCAAAGUUGUAAGGGUGAUACUUUCAUACGCCGUUAUCUCAUCUUAAAGAUGAAUGUAAAAUUUGUGUUUGAAAAGAACAGAAACAUGCAGUAA